CCCUGAACUAUCCCUCAUCCCCUUAUUUACUCCACCCCCAACCCCAUUCCAUCGCAUGCUCUCUCUCCCCCCUUUUCCUUAAUUCUGCUUUAGUCCCUCCCCUAUCCCCUCUCCCUCACCGGCCCUAAGCCUAGCAUAGCUCCGAAUCCACUCAAUUACGCCGAUGGUCGGAACCCGCGGCGCGGCCAGAGCGGCCAAUCCCUCGGGCAGAGAGGCGGAGGACGCGCACGGCGAUGCAUCCGAUCUCCGGAGCGCCGUGGGCUUCCAGGCGAGCCGCAGGAGAAGGACCGCCGCCAGGCACCGCCCGGAAGACGCCCAGCCCGUCGCUGCCCCGCCGCCCGAUACCGCCCCCCAGCCUGGGGCUCGUGCAUGCAUGUUGGAUUUGAACGUACCAGCCCUUGAUCCUGAUCAAGCUGUGGAUGGUUUGAGAUUUCUCCUGCAAAAGGAGCUUAGUCACAGCGAUGCUAGUUCGCUGGGAAGAAUUGUUCUUCCAAAGAGAGAGGCAGAAGCUUACCUUCCAGUCCUUACAGCUAGGGAUGGUAUUGAAAUCAACAUGGAUGAUUUGGAGACCUUUCAGGUCUGGACGUUCAAAUACAGAUACUGGCCUAACAAUAAAAGCAGGAUGUACAUACUUGACAACACGGGGGACUUUGUUCACACUCAUGGCCUCCAAAUUGGUGAUUUUAUCAUGAUAUACAAAGAUGACCAUAAAGAUAGAUUGGUCAUUCGAGCAAAGAAGGCUGUAAAAGGGCAACCUGCUGCCUCUGCAGAUGAUGAAAUAUUCAAUUCCAUUGUGCCUGAUAUUGUGGUGGCUAGUGUGAGGUAUUCUGACCUCUUUUACCCAUUUCUAGAUGGUAUGAGCUUGGCUUAUGGAAUGGGCAACGCAUAUGGGGAUGGCCUGAACUAUGCCUUCGCAGCAGACUUCACAAUGGGUUUCCCAGAAGAGAGGAUGGAAAACCAUUCAGUUUCUGAAUAAAUUCCAAGGUCUAGGUGGAAUUGAUGGUGCUUCAUGACUUACAUGUCAUACGACCUUUCAUAACUCCUAAACAGACGUUGUUGUUGUUGUAUCCUGAAUAAGCUUGGUUUGUCUCAAAUUAUGUAACAUAUGAGAGAUGUAAGACAUUGCAGUAAUUGGAUGGCUUGAUCUAUAUUUGGACCUUAA